AUGAUAGCUUUUGAUGAUGCGAAUGCCACGUGGAGAAGUUAUUAUGUGGCGCUGAGCAGAUGUGGACGCAGGCGGGGCCGCUGUCAAUACAAGAUAAAACUUUUAUCUCUCGAAUGGAUAAAUAUUAAAAUAGCUCCCUGUAAAUAUAGUUUUAAAAUUCUUUUGUUCCUCAAGAUUGUAACUGGCAAAGGACCUGGUCGUAAGCACAUUGGACAGGACUCCAAGUUCAUCAUCCCGUGUACAUAUGCCAGUCGAUCACCAAUGCCAGGCGAUGAAGGAAGUUUCUCUUCUGGUAAUACUGGAGAAGAAGUUCAGCAGCUGCAGAAUCAUUUCCAUGGCGGCUCCGAUUCAUCAUCAGCGCCUAAUUCUGCUGCCAAGAAGAAAAGAAAUCUACCGGGAACUCCAGAUCCAAAUGCUGAAGUGGUAGCAUUAUCACCGACAACUCUGAUGGCAACGAAUCGGUUUGUGUGUGAAAUAUGCAACAAAGGGUUUCAAAGGGAUCAAAACCUUCAACUACAUAGGAGAGGCCAUAACCUUCCAUGGAAGCUGAGGCAAAGAAGUACGACAGAAGUGAAAAAACGAGUGUAUAUAUGCCCCGAACCGACGUGUGUUCAUCACAAUCCGGGUCGGGCAUUAGGAGAUUUGACGGGAAUCAAGAAGCAUUUUAGCAGAAAACACGGUGAGAAGAAAUGGAAAUGUGAUAAAUGUUCCAAGAAAUAUGCAGUUCAAUCUGAUUGGAAAGCUCAUCAAAAGACUUGCGGUACAAGGGAAUACAAAUGUGAUUGUGGUACCAUUUUUUCCAGAAGAGACAGCUUCAUAACCCACAGAGCUUUUUGCGACGCAUUAGCAGAAGAAAACAGCAAAGUAAACCAAGGACUAAUCUCCACCAUCGGAUCAAACCAAAUGCCUGACCUCAUCUCAUCUCUACCAUUAACAACCAACCCAAACACAUCUAUAGGAAUCUCAGAUUUCAACAGCUUCGACCCCAAAAACCCACUCAAAUCCCUUCCUCAAGAACUUGUACCAAUGCCAUUCAAGUCCAUGAACAUGGCCGGCGGCAUGUUCUCCACCAGCUCCGGCACCCUCUUCGGUGGCCCGAGAAGCAGUAUUGCCUCAAACACUUCCAGCUUACAGCUCAGCUCUAAUAACUCGUCCGGUUACAAUUAUCUACAAGAUGGAAAAAAUAACGGGUGUCAACUUUCAAGCUCAGCUCAAAUGUCGGCCACGGCUUUACUACAAAAAGCUGCACAAAUGGGUGCAACUGCUAGUCACAGUAUCAACUCUCCAAUGAUGCAAAAAAGCUUCGUAAACAGCAUGGCAGGUUCUGACCAGACCACUUCAUUAAGACCGCCGCCGCCGCCUACGACGGUUCAGCAGCAUAACUACACCACGUCACCGUAUGAUCACCAUCCAUUUCCACAUGAUCAAACUCAUAUGAUGGGAAUCAGCGGCGGAGGAUUCUUUGAUCCUGGUAGUAGCUCAGGCAUGAACGAUAUGGGGAUGUUAAGUACUAUGUUCAUGGGCACUGAUCAGAAUCCAGGGCUGAUGAGAAAUAUAGAGCAUAACAUUAACCAUAAUGAACGUCAAGAUGCAAUGGAGCGGAGCGUGAUCGGAGGGUCGAGAUUUGUAGGGCGGAGUGUUGAAGGUGGUGACACGAUGACUCAUGAUUUUAUGGGAAUUGGAGGUUCGAGAGCGGUGAAUUUGCAUGAGCAGCAACAGAGAAUGGAAAUGGAGGCGAUGAGCCAGCAGAGAGUGCCGAUGACCAAUCAUUUUCAGCAGCAGUUGUCGCUUGGGGAAUCUGCUCUGGAUAAAACUAUUUGGGAUGUUUAAAAAGUUAUGGAAAUUGCUUGUUUUCUUUUAUCUUCGUUUUAAUGUUUUUGAAGCUGUGUAUAAUGCAUACAUAGGUAGAUAGAUAAGAGAAGCAGUUUCUUGUUCACACAAAUAUCUCAAAUUAUUUAGAUUUAUACCUCAACAAUUGUU